CCACUCGCCUCUCUGUUCCAGUGUGUUUACUACACUGCCGAGCAUAAGGGAGACACUCGUCUUCACAUGCACUAAGAAAAACUGUUUUUAGUUUGUAUUUGUAAGAAAACCUCCAAGAGCUCAACAUGCCCAAGAGAAAGGGAGACGCAGGAGAGGAGCCCCAGAGGAGAUCAGCUCGGUUAUCAGCGAGACCGGCCCCACCCAAGCCGGAUCCAAAGGUCAAGAAGGCGGCAAAGAAAGAAAAGGCUGUGAAUGACAAGAAGGAGGACAAGAAGACCAAGAAGGCAAAGGAGAACGCCGAGGCAGAGGCCAACGAGGAAAACCACUCUGAGAACGGAGAGGCCAAGACCAACGAGGUGGAGGCAGCCCCUGAGGAGGCCAAGGAGGAGGCCAAGUCCGAGUAGCACCACUGCCCAAGCUUCCUCCUCCUCCUCGACAAACUCCUCCCGACCCCCCAACCCCUCCUAGACCUCCCCCACUCUCCACCGCUCACCCUCACCCACCCAGCCAGCCAGCCACCCAGCCAGCCAGCUCUACCCCCUCCUCCUCCUCCAUCCACCCCAAGUCUCUCACAUGGUUUCCCUCCAAGGCGUAUUGUUAACAGAGGAAUAUUUUUAUCAAUGAUUUUAUAAGUAUCCGUACAGAUUUUUAGCACAAAAAGCAAAGCUGAUUAUGGAGCGCCUUGCAGAUUUGCAGUGGUCAUAUCAAAGUGUCUGCAAGCAAAGAUGAACACACUAAAAUCUUUUUUAAAUGGCAUUUCAUGAUUGUUGAAGGCUUGUUUUUGGUGUAGAAAGCGUGUCCCUGCCGGAUUGGCUACGUCGUGAGUUGUGUAUUACUGUGUUUUUCCUCCUUCCCCCUCCUGCUCUUCCUCCUCCUCUUCUUCUUCUUCUUCCUCCACAGAUUAGACCUCCCUCCUCUUCCUCCCCGACAGCUCAGCCUUUAUCCAUGUUUUAUUAACGGUUCAGCCAUGUUAAUGUGGGUGAUUCUUUUAGACCUCUAAAUGUGCAGUGAGUUCCCUUUUUUUUUUUUUUUUUUUUUUUUGCUUCUGUCUCAUGGUCUUGUUUUUUUUUUCCAUUGAAAUUGUGUUUUAAACAAACAAACAAACAAAAAAAAAUAGCGUGUUGAAGCGUGUUGUCCAUAAGAAAGAGGAAGACGAACAUGUGAAACAUUCCGGGAACAGCGAUUGCCUCCGACCUGUCUCCUAGACGACCCUGCGUUGUAAAAAAGAAACAGCUCCUGCUCCAUCCACGCUGCUGUCAUGUCGGCUUUUCUAAACACUCUGGUUUUUUUAAAACGAUUGAAUUUGGAAACCUUCUCUGACAAAUGCAGGUGUCUGGUCCCUUCUCUUAUGUUCUGAAAUUCUCUUAAUAAAAAGAAGUCCUGGGAAUUUUCCUCGAA